UCACCGGAGUGGGAGGCUAGGUGUGGCUGGGCAAGGAUUCCAAGAUAAUAACUCGAUUACAAUUGGAUAGUCAUUAUUAAGCAGGUAUUCCCAUCAUUAUUAGCAGUGCUGGAUGUGUGGGGGUUUGAUCCUCCAAAAAACAUGCAUGCCAAGCAAGAAAACCGAGCGUCUUUUAUAUUCCAGAUCGAUGCAUAUUCAUUUCACCACAGAAAAGAUAUUAUGUAUUCAUUCCUUCUCAAAGAAUCAUUAACAUAUCUUCACACUGUGUUCGUAGGUGCAGUUAAUCUGUUGAGAGGUCAUGAGGACCACCUCCUGAGGUCCAAAGAUGAAGGGUAGAAGUAAGGGGGUUGCAGCCCAAACUUUGAGUCAACAGUCCUUUUUUUCUGCUGGCGGGCAGUGUGAAUUCCAGGCUUCCUUAUCUUUAUCAGGGAUGCCUGUUCCUUGCACAGUGUGUUCCCCUUUAGAUAAACAUCCCUCAAGGCACAUACCACUAUGCGAUAUACAAGCUUAGACAACUCAGGCUCAGCCAAACAGCUUCUAAAUGACUGAACAACAAAGAGGAGUUUUGGAAAACAGGGAUAUAUAUCAUAUAUAUGUCUUUAUUUGAAGGCACAGAGAUUACUCAGCCCUUGUCUUAAGAGCACAAACACUCCAAAGAAUCUAGGAAACUGAGUGAGGAAAUGUUGCAUAAGUGGAAAUAACCCCUUAAUUUAUAACUCAAUAAAUAAUUUGAUAUAGCAAUUUGAUUUGCCUUUGAUGGACAAAUCCAGUUCAAACAAUUCCCUCUCAGCCUCAAUGUUGCAUAUUUUCUUUUCUAAGUUUUGACCACAAUGGGAUUGUGGGUUCAGUUUCAAGACUGUCCUAACUUUCCAGGUAGCACCAAAUAGCAUCUGUACUAUGUUAAAGUGAUGUGAUCUGUGCCAGUUUGCAGAGAUUUAGGAAUUGUGGUGGGGCUCACGAUAACCAGAGGCUGUGUAUCUAUCUAAAUAAGAUAUUUUUACUUCUCUUUAAAAAAAUAUUUCUCUUUUAAAAAUACUACAGUCCUUCAUUUUUUUGUCAUUCCUCCUCUCCUUCUUCCCUGAUCAUAUGCAGCUGAAGAAAUGGCCUCGGUUAUGCUUUUUUGCUAUUGAUCAAGACACAUACUCAAACAUUUGCCACAACCCAAACUAUUCCAUUAUUCUAUGAUCUUCUGAUUCGAGGCGCAUCCGAGUGCAGUGGAACAAUCCCUUCCCUGCUCCUGCUGGCCACUCCAGGGCUGAUCCAAGCCAGGAUGCUCUUGCCCCCUUGGCUGAUGCUCAGAUGCCCUGGACCAGCAUCCCUGCGCCCUCCUGGGUCCUAGCGCCGCCCCAUCCAGCACCCCGCGCCCUCCUGGGUCCUAGCGCCGUCCCAUCCAGCACCCCGCGCCCUCCUGGGUCCUAACACCGCCCCAUCCAGCACCCCGCGCCCUUCUGGGUCCUAGCGCCGCCCCGCCCCGAUCCCGGGGCGACCGCCCCCGGUCCAGCCUCCCGGCUCCCUCCGGAAUCGGGGCGGGGCGGCUGCGCGAUCGCAGUUGAGGCUCUGCCGCCGCCAUGAGCAGCGCGGAGCCGCCGCUGGGAGCCGUGAUGCGGGCUCAGCCCGCUUGGAAGCGGGAGAUCUUGGAGAGGAAAAGAGCCAAGCUGGCCGGAGCGGCGGCUGCAGGGGUGGAAGAAACAGAUGCAUCGUCGGGAGAGCGCUUGGUGGUGGCGGAAAGCUUGGGCCCGCUCCGGGAAAACCCCUUCAUGCGGUUGGAGAACGAGCGGCGGCGGCUGCGCGGAUGCAGGGAUGCUCGGCCCUUGCAGCAGCUGCUGGAGCUUUACAGCUCCGUGCCCGGCAUCCGCACCAUCCGAGCGGACAACAUCCUCAUCAUCGAGUCCCAGCCCGCCGCUUGCUUCGCCGAGGGAGAUGCGGUGCCUGGAUGCCGCCGGGAUGCUCCUUCUUCUUCCUCCUCCUCUUCCUCGCCUCCUCGCCGUCCCGACCCGUUGCGGGAGCUGCUCUCCCGCCGCGGCGCUGCCCUGGCCGAGAUCCGCGCCGAGCAGGUCGUGAUCUACGAGACGGCGGAGCCUGCCGAAGCGGCGGAACCGGGCACCGUCAGUCGCUUGCUCGAGAAGUUCGGGCAGCGGCCGCGGGGGAGGCGGCGCCGGGGCGGGGAGGGGGGCGGCGGGGAGGGAGCUGCGACCCCCCAGUCCCCGGCACCGACCCCUGCUCCCACCCGGGCUGCCCCCCCCCAAUUCACACCUCCCACCCGGGCUGCCCCCCCCCAGCCGGUCCCAGACACCCCUCCGCCAGCCCUUACCCCCCCGCAGCCGGUCCUGCCUCCCCCCAAGCCCAUUACCUCCCCCCCACCCAUCGCUCCCCCUCAACCAGUCCCUUCUUCCCCCCGCGCUGCAGCCCCCCAGCCUGUUGCUCCCACCCGUGCUGUGCCCCCUCAACCUCUGCCCGUUCCCCCCCGCGCUGCCACCCCCCAGCCAGUCCCUGGUCCCCCUUCCAGAGCUGUCACCCCCCAACCCACGGCUUCCCCCCGCGCUGCCCCAUCUCCGCCGGCAGCCCCUCAGCCAGUCCCAGCUGCCCCCCGGGCUGUCACCCCCAAACCCACACCUGCCGCCCCGGCUGCCGGCCCCCAGCCCCCAGCUGCCACCCCAUCUGUCACCCCCCAGCCCCCCGCUGCCCCCAAGCCCGCAGCCCCCCAAGCCAACUGCUUUCUGCACAAGAUCGGCUCCAACUCCUUCACCGUCACCCCACGGGGGCUGCCCCCCGGCAGUCGGCUCCCCGAGCCCCGCGCUGUCGCCACCGGCCACCCCUCACCGCCCAAGGGGCCACCAGUGCCAUCUGCCAGUGCUUCCCACGCCAGAGCCAACGCCAGGAGGCCAAAGCCGGAGGUGGCUGUGCCACCCAGUGCCAGCCUGGUCCCCAGUGCCACUGCGCCCACCCAGCCGCCACCCGUGCCCACCCAACCGCUCUCUGUGCCCACCCAACCGCUCUCUGCCGCUGCCCCCCGCGGCGGCGGCUCCUUCGAGAUCCUCCCGGCUCCCAAACCCGACCUGGCUGCCAUCCCGGCCCACGACCUGCAAGCCCAGGCGUUGGCCAAGCUGCGCCUCAACUCGCGCAAUUCCUUCCUCUUCGUGCCCCGCCAGGAGGGCGGCACGGCUCUGUCCCGGGCACAGAGUGCCAGGACGGGGCCAUCGGAGGAGAAGACCCUGAAGGAACCUCCAAGGGCUUCCGUCCCGGAGCAGGAAGAGCCUGUCGCUUCCCGGCCGACGCCUCUGGAUCCGUUGGUCCCUGUGACUUACAUCGAUGACAUUGUGGAGUUGGAGAGCGGGGAGGUUUCCCCCAGGGCCAGCUCGGCUGCCAGGACUGGGAGCUUGGUGGAUCAGCCUGGAGGAGCCGGCACGGAACUGGAGAUGGACUUUUCCUCUGUGCCGCUCUACAGACCCCACUCUGCCCCCAACCAGAGGGGAGGCAGCACCUUCACUGUCGUGCCCAAAAGGAAGCCCGUGGCCUCCGGGCUGCAGGCUCCGACUGAUGCCAGUGGAAGGCCACAGCGGGAGGAAGAGGAGGAGGAGGAAGAGAGCAAAGCGAAAGGCAAAGCUGUGGAGAGUGUUGAUGGGCCCCCAGUGGGGGUGUCUCACAAAAAGCGCUACCCCACGGUGAAUGAGAUUGAAGUGAUCGGGGGGUACCUGUCCCUGGAGAGGUCCUGUAUGAGCAAGACGGGCUCCCGCCGCAAGAAGAUGAAGAUCUCUUUCAAUGAGACAAGUCUGCAGACUAUGUUUGAGUACCCGUCAGAGAGCUCACUGGCUGAAGAGGAAGAGGAGGAAGAGGCAGGACGUGCUUCUGAAACAGAGGAGGACAAGUCUCGCACCUUUUACAUUCCACGCCCAAAUGGCACUUUGCCUCCCAGUACACCUAACUCAGCAGAUUUAUCCAGCUACACCCCAAAGCACUCUGUGAAGUUCAGUGAGUGGCAGGAGCAGAAAUAUGAGGAGAUGCCUGCUGCAGAGGGACCCAUCCCAAAGGAAGCUGAUUCCCAGGGGAACCAAGUCAUGCUCACGCCCGCAGAGAAGGGUGGACUCUCAGAUUUCAGCAGCGAGCCUGCUCUCUAUUUCUGAUGGCUGCAUCUUCCAGCCUGCAGCAGCAGCUGCUGGACAAAUGGAGUCAGUGCACCUUCUCCACGUCAAUGCACAUACCAUGGAAAUAAGUCUCCGGGUCCCUCUCUCACCACAGUUUUCAUUGGAUCCUGAUGCCAAGGGUGGACUAGGUGCUAUUGGGCAUCUUCAGAGAAUAUUUGCACUGGAUUCUGGGACCUAACUACUACUUUUAAGGUGUAUGAUUUAUUCGACCUGUGGCCUUGCGUAUUCCUUGUUCAAGAUCAGCUGCCAAUUGGGCAAGCGUUGUAAGAAUGGAGCUGUAAUCCUGAGGUGGAUGCAGAUUCUCUCAGUGCUUAUCUGAGUCUGCCCAUCCAUGCACUUAUUGGGGUCUGGAUGGCUUUCGUAGUAUGUCUCCCAGAGCAUCCUGGGCGGUUAGCUGGAUUCACAGCAGUGGCUGGGAUCCGUCUGCUGGAUUGGGUGUCAUUUGGAAAACCAUUGAGGGUUUCUGGUUUGUUCUUGGAAUGUUUCUGGGUCUCAUUUCCCUGAACCAUCAUGGAAUUGAUGUGCCAGUUCUUGUGAAGGAAACUGGAUGCACUGUGGGAGGGAUGCUAAGGGGAAUAAAAGCCUUUGGCUUUAGAUGUCAUUUCUGCACUGCUCUCUAAGGAAGUGUCCUGAGUGGCUGGAACCUCCUGACCAUUCCCAGCCAUUGGCCGUAUCCAGCCGGGGCAUCCAGCUGCUGAUGGCUGUACUGCAGUUUGCCAGUUCCUCGUUUUGCUUUAUUCCAGCACCUAAGGGGGUCAGGCCCAAGGUUAUCCAUCCUGGUUGGCAGGGAGGCUUCCUUCUAUCUGUGCUUCCUUUGCUCCUCUAAUGCACAGCACAGGAGAGCCAGUUCACCCUUUAUUCUGCAGAACUUGAACAAGGAAUAUGUGGUUUUUUUUUCCCUAGGAUUUUUAUAGUUUUGUUGUAAUUGUUUAAUGCAGCCAAUAUGCAAAAGAAUCUGCUAGAAUCUUCCAUUUAAGUUUUCUAUUACUGUAAACUCAGGGUCAAAAAUAGCACUCUGGAGGAGAAGGAAUGCUGCUGCUAAUGUGAUUUGUACUUCUGGGAUUAAAAGAGAUGCGGUUGGAAUAGAUGCGGUGUCUUAGGGCUUCAUGAAAUGAGCGGUACCCCAGCGUGUGGCUCUUUCCAAGGCAGCGGGCUGGUAUCUGAUUAAAUUGGAUACUUUCAUUGGUUUGUCUGUUCCAUACAGACAAUGAACGAUGAAUGAAAGCAUUGGAAGAGGCUGCCCAGGGAGGUGAUUGAGUCACCAUCCCUGGAGGGGUCUAAAAGACAAGUAGGUGUCGUACGUGACAACAUGGUCUUGCGGUGGACUUCGCAGGGCUGGAUUGAUUGUUGGACUUGAUGAUCAUAAAGGUCCUUUCCAACCAAAACUAUUCUAUGAACCUCUGGUCAGGCUGAUGCUGGUCUAUGAACUGAAAAUGCUCUCCAUACCUUGCACUUAGAAUCAUAGAAUCACCAGGUUGGAAAGGACCCACUGGAUCAUCGAGUCCAACCAUUCCUAACAACCCCUAAACUAUGCCCCUCAGCACCUCGUCCACCCGUCCCUUAAACACCUCCAGGGAAGGUGACUCAA